AUGGGACGGCUGAGAAGGACUCAGAGCUGAGAUGCUGUUGCAGCUCUGAGAAGGAGAGCUGCUCGGGAGGAGCUGUCAUUAGCAGCACAGAUGGAGUGUGAAAGCGGAACGAGUGGAAGGUCAGAUUGUCAUCAGGAAAGAGUAGGACACAUUUGAUAAGGGAGCCUUGGACAGCGUAGAGAUGUACGCCUUCUACUCCCUUUUAGUCUACAUCUUCUACACUGUCUUUAAGAAGGAGGAGGAGGAAGCCCUGGAGGAGGCAUGUGGAGCUUCCUCAGACGAGCCAGGAGCUGUUUCCAUGGAAACAAGGAGCAGGAGGAGAGAUGGCCACUCCUCCAAAAGGGGGAAAAAAGCUUGUGCUCGCUUUAGUGAAUCAAGCAGCAGCAGUGACAGUGAUGAACUAAGUGAGGAAGAUGAGAAGGAAGGCCCCGACAUCCCAGCAUGCACCCCUCUGGCUGCCUUCUUGUCUUUCAAGCAGGAGGCUGAGAGGAGACGAGCCUCCCAGGUGCAGCUGGAAACAACAGGGAAGUUGGCCGAGUCUCCCCUGGUGGCUGUGAUGUCCCACUUGCUGACUUUUCUGGAGCAGUACUCGCACUUCCAGCAGCUGCAGCAGCAGGCCGACCAGUACCGGGUCCAGCUCAAGAGGCACCGCGUCCAGCACCGGCGGCAGAUGAAGGCCCUGCGAGCCUCCUACCGCCAGCGGCUCCGGGACAAAAACAGCAUCAUAAGCAGCCUGGAGGAGGCCAUGAGCCAGCAGCAGACCCCCAGCCCAAUGAGCGAGGGUGAGUGUAUUAGCGAUGGAGGGACUCAGGCCGGCGUCCACAGGCUGGUGGAGUCUCUGUACGGCCUGCAGGGUGAGAGGAGUCAGCUGAGAGGAGAACUCCGUCUGCUGCACUCACAGCUGGAGCAGAAAGAAAAAGACAGACACUCUCGGAUACAAGCCUUUCAGCAGCAGAUUGAUGAGCUCAAGAGCUGCAUAGAGGAGCGUGAGGAGGAGUUGUCACGACUGCGAACAGCCACUGGGGCCACCGACUCAGAGAAGCGAGUGUUGUGUUUAUCAGCAGAGAACGAGAGUCUGAAGCAGAGCCUGAGUGUAACUCAAGGCCUCCUGCAGCAGCUUUCUGCCAUCCCAUCCCAGUCCAGCACCAUGCUCAUCAAGGAGAACGAGAACCUCCGCAGCAGAGUGCAGCAGCUGGAAAUGUCUUUACAGCAGCGGGCCGAGCAGCUGUCACAUCUGGAGCGACAGAGCGAACAAACGGAGUGGAGACGAGGAGAAGAACUGAGGAAACGAGAGGACAGAGUGAGAGAGUUGCAGCUGGAGCUGGACAGGGAGAAAGGAAAGGAGCCCGUUGUUAAGUACGUCACACAGACUGUGGAGGUGGAAUCUCCUGCAACAUUAAAGCAGCUGAAUAAAGCCAGACAGAGGAAUGAGCUGAUGUCUGAGAGGUUGUCCAGUCAGAACGAACGAUGCAAACAGCUGGAAGAACAGAUCAGGAGAUCAGACGAACACAGCUGUAACCUGCAGCACAAGAUUGCAGCGUAUGAGCGAGAAAUCAGCAAACUGAGAGAGGAGCUGUUGAAAGAGAUCGGCCACUUGGAGGCGAGGAAGGAGGAGGCUGUGAAGGCUGCAGCCAGCUGCUCGGCAGAACACUUUCAGAACCUGCAGGACCAAUUCUUCAGCCUGCAGAAGCGUCUCACCGCACUCCCUCCAACUUUGCGCUCCAUGAAGACCGACUACGCCAGUCUGAGGACCCAAGUUCGAAACUUCUCAGACUUUUAUGGAGCAGCUAUCAGCGAUGCAAAAAAACAGAUCUCAGCAGCUAUCAAUGAGAUGUCUGAAGCCAACAAGGAUCUUCUGGAGAAAUAUAGGAAGGAGGUUGCACUGCGCCGGAAGUACCACGAGCAGCUGGUGGAGCUUAAAGGCAACAUUCGGGUUCUGUGUCGGGUGAAGCCGGUGCUGAAGGAGGAUCAGCAUGAGGAAGGCCAGUCUGUGGUUGUGACUACAGACCCCAACAACGAAUCCUCCCUCAACGUGAUGAGCAAAGGAAAAGGUCGCAUCUUUGAGCUGGAUAAGGUCUUCCACCCACAGGCCACGCAGGAAGAGGUCUUUCAGGAGAUAGAACCUCUUGUGACGUCCUGCAUCGAUGGCUACCAUGUCUGCAUAUUUGCAUAUGGACAGACAGGCUCUGGAAAAACCUACACGAUGGAGGGCAGUGUGGAACAUCCAGGCAUCAACCAACGAGCCCUGAAACAUCUCUUCAGUGAGAUCGAGGAGAGGAAGGACAUGUGGUCUUACACCGUCACAGUCAGCUCUGUGGAGAUCUACAACGAGGUGCUAAGAGAUCUGUUAAGUAAGGAUGGAGAGAAACUGGACAUAAAGAUCAACCCGGAUGGAACAGGACAGCUGCAUGUUCCGGGCCUCAGGGUCAUCGAAGUGAAGAGCUUUCAGCACAUCAAGAAGAUUUUAGCCACAGCUCGAAGGAACAGGAUCACCUUCGGCACUCAGAUGAACCAGCACAGCUCUCGCUCCCACGCUCUGCUCUGCAUCACCGUCCAGGGCACCGACCUCGCCACCGGGUCCAAAACCACAGGGAAGCUGAACCUGGUGGACCUGGCUGGUUCAGAGCGGGUCUGGAAGUCUGGUGCAGAGGGAGAAAGGCUGAAAGAAGCUCAGAAUAUCAACCGCUCUCUGCUGGCGUUGGGAGACGUAAUUCAGGCACUUCGAGCUCGACAGACUCACAUCCCCUUCAGGAACUCCCGCCUUACAUACUUACUGCAAGACUCCCUCGGCAAAGGCAGCAAAACGGUCAUGGUGGUGCAGGUUUCUGCUCUGGAGAGUAAUGUCGGAGAGACGCUGUGCUCCCUGAAGUUCGCUCAGAGGGUUUGCAAGGUGGAGCUGGGCCCUGCAGCCAGGAAGAUCGAAGCAGGAGGAGGACAGUGUUACUGAGAGCCACGAGGCAGCAGGAAGUCUGGAACGAAUCGGUCACCCUACCAGCCAACUAUACAGUAUCAACAAGAUCAGCAGCUAUCCUGCUCAAGGGCUAAACCUGUGGAGGUCUGCGAGGUUAAGUACCGAGGAUAUUAGCCUCCUCUUUGCCAUUUUCUGCUUCUGUUAAGUGAGAACCCUUUAUCAUUAGAUAGUUUGCAUGCAGGAGUAUUUAUUCUUCCACUCUGAGUGCCAAAACAUCCCCCGUGGUUUAAGAUUCGAUGCUUCCUUGAACUACUAUCUCAGUUACCUUUGAAAUCCAGGAUAGAUCAUAUCCUCAGUGAUCAUCACAGUGUUUAGAGCUGCUUUAUGUUCAGGUUCAACAAGCUUCCAGUGCCACAGUAUCAACAACACUUUAGUUUUUUGCAGUAUUAAUCAUCCUGCUAUAAAUGUCUUGUGAGCUUCAUUGCCAACGUGGUAUAUUUUUUGAAGGUUGUAGUGUGUAGGAAAAUGUGUUUUGUAACAAAAGUACGGGCUAUUAACCAUGUCAAUGACACUUAAAGUCACAUAUUUGUGUCGUUUUUUGUGAAUUUCAGAAGAGCAGUGACUGAAUGCUCCGUUUCUCUUUAGAGCCUUGAUGAUUUGCCUUUUGAGAAAAGAUGAAUGCUGUCGAAGGGAGUAAGAAGGUGGCCUUGUAUUAGAGUGGUAAUAUAGUAAACUGUGCAAUAUCCUCCUUUAACAGGAGACAGUUUGGGCCUCUGUGGACAGAAGAUGCACUUUAUUUUGAAAGAAUGGGAGCAUUUUAGAUCAGGUGCUUGCAAUAGAGUUCACUUGUGAAUGUCAUACCAAAUACAGCUUAUUGUUCAUAUUUGUUCCUGUAUUUAUCACCCAAGUGGAUCGAAACCAGCUUUUGAUUCAAAUGUAGCAAGACAUUAAUGUUGCAGUAACUACCAUGAGUGCAUAGGGGUCACUUAAUUAGGACUAGACAGUGAAUUUUCAGAUAAUUUUCUGAAUAAAUAUUAUGUAUUUAAA